GGCGUUGCUGCAAGCCCACGACGUCGUCGCACACGAAAUCUACGGCGAAGAUGCCGUGCGGGUCACGCCACCGCCCCUGAUGCCUUACCUCAACGGCGGAGACGACCUGGACGGGCCCAAUGGUGACGUCGAGAUGGAAAAUGUGACGAGAGUGAGACUCGUGCAGUUCCAAAAGAACACUGACGAGCCGAUGGGCAUCACCCUGAAGAUGAACGAGGAGGGGAAAUGUAUAGUGGCCAGAAUCAUGCACGGGGGCAUGAUUCACCGACAAGCUACUUUGCACGUCGGCGACGAAAUCCGAGAAAUCAACGGUGUGCCUGUUGCCAAUCAGUCCGUUAAUGCCUUGCAGAAGAUUCUGCGUGAGGCGCGGGGUUCAGUGACCUUCAAGAUAGUGCCAUCGUAUCGCAGCGCUCCACCCCCCUGUGAGGUACAAAUAUUUGUGCGUGCUCAGUUUGAUUAUGACCCCUUGGACGAUGACUUGAUCCCUUGUGCACAAGCUGGCAUUGCUUUCAAAACUGGAGACAUUCUCCAAAUAAUCAGUAAAGACGACCAUAACUGGUGGCAGGCGAGAAAAGACAAUGCUGCGGGCUCAGCUGGUCUUAUUCCCUCCCCUGAACUUCAGGAAUGGCGGACUGCUUGCAUGGCGAUGGAGAAGAGCAAGCAGGAACAAGUAAAUUGCUCAAUCUUUGGACGCAAGAAGAAACAGUACAAGGAUAAAUACUUGGCAAAGCACAAUGCAGUUUUUGACCAAUUAGAUUUAGUUACGUAUGAAGAAGUUGUCAAACUGCCAUUGUCUGAUCCAGCAUUCCAGAGGAAGACCUUGGUGCUUUUAGGAGCUCAUGGAGUUGGCAGAAGACACAUCAAAAAUACACUUAUAGCAAAAAACCCUGACAAGUAUGCAUACCCCAUCCCACAUACAACGAGACCACCGCGAAAUGACGAAGAAAAUGGUGGGAACUACUAUUUUGUAUCACACGAUGAAAUGAUGGCUGAUAUUGCGGCAAAUGAAUAUUUGGAAUAUGGAACACAUGAAGAUGCUAUGUAUGGUACAAAGCUGGAGACAAUCAGAAAAAUUCACCAGGAGGGACGGAUGGCCAUUUUGGAUGUGGAACCUCAAGCGCUUAAAGUGUUACGGACAGCAGAAUUUGCACCUUACGUUGUGUUCAUUGCUGCACCUGUGCUGCAGAACCUAGCAGAUUUUGAUGGGAGCCUGGAGCGUCUAGCUAAGGAAUCUGACCUUCUUCGACAAGCCUAUGGUCACUUCUUUGACCUCACCAUUGUCAAUAAUGACAUUGAAGAAACAAUUGCCGUACUGGAGAAAGCUAUAGAACGAGUGCAUACCACGCCUCAGUGGAUUCCUGUGUCCUGGGUCUACUGACAGAAAGUACCGCCGGGCUCCACGGCUUCAUUCAGAUAGGGAGUGACAGUAAGACACGUACCAUCUAUGGAAGGAAGGGGGUGUACCAUCUCAGUGGAUCAGUGUGUUGUAGGAAGAUUGCUGUAUUCUGGGUUGUUGCGCCGUGUGGCCUGGUAGAUGUCCACCAACGUUUCAGAGGUCACGCUGCCUCCGUCAUCAGGGCGAUGGUGAGCGUCUACUGGACUACACGGUGCAACAACCCAGGAGACAGCAAUCUUCAGACUCACCGCUGUGAAAACCUCAAUUCAUACAGUGUGUUGUAGGUUUCCAGCGGAAGACAAUGCUUUGUUCGUAUAGCACGUAUGGGGAGAAACUUACACCAUCAAGCACGUGUUCAUUGCUUUCUUUUAUGAAUGCUCCCUGUCACGACAUAGCUGGCAACUGAGGAACUUUGUAUCCAUCCCUCCUGAUGGAAAUCUACUGCCAGAACCUCUUACUAGCCAGCGUCUGUGUGUUGAUUGAUAGACUCAGAAGAGUAGGGUAAACAUUUGAUGUCAGAAAAUACGGUUCUAUUACGUAAACUUUGCCUUAAUCUGCACUUCAAACUCCAGUUGUGUCCUGGCUAUUGUACAUAUAGGUACAAGAAUUUAAUAUAAACAUGUUGGAUCUUUACUUUUAAAUCCUACAUGAAAACAGAUUGACCUUCAAUAAUAAAAUGUCAAUUUUGAUCUUUAUUAUCACCAUCAUGGUCCAAGUCCCAUUUAUAGCUUGUCAGUAUUGCAACCAGCCAUGUGUCUACGUACGGUUUGUGUAAGUGGAAGAACGACAGAAGAGAGACGUUGAUUGAUAACACUAGUGGGUUUGCCGCUGUCAGUAACAAGAUACAGGGAUUGGCUAUUGCACGAGUGCACAGUACAUCAUGGGAAGUAAGUAAAUCUGUAAAUUUUAUUGCACAACGACCACAAAGUACACAUUCAAAGAAUUCUGCGUGGGUUUGAUAGAGAGAAUUGAACUUUGGGGAAGUGAAUUUUUAGUUACAAACUGCACAAGUGGGCUGGCCCAACACUGAAAUCACGUUAGUGCUGCGGACUAAAAUAAUUACUUGUAAUGCGAAAGGAACUUAAUUUUGAGCAAGUUGACUUCGUGACAAGCUGUGCAGCAUGGUACAUUUGAGUCAUUGGGUCAUCAGUGAUGUUGGCUGUGAGCUGAGUGUUAAUAGGUUGCUUCUUCAAGAAAGAUAAACCAGUAGCAAAACCACAUGUAAUAGUGAAGUGUAGUUUGUUAUAGAGGAAGCCAGUUAUGAUUCAUGGAUACUGUAGUAGUGUGUUUUGUGAAAUGGUUAAAAUGACAAAUAAAUAUGAUUUAAAAUCAAAGUUAAAAUAAAGAAUAAGUGAACUGAUAUGAAGAUGCUAGGAGUAUUCAUAAUGAUUUACAUCUCUUGAUAACUUCCAAUAAUAACACAAUAAAGUGAGUAUUCCUACUUAUUCUAAUUAAUAAACAUUAAAAUAGCUCCGAAUAAAUAGAAUUAGCGAACAUAGGUAAUGAAUCAAGAGACAUGUCAGUGACUUAGUCAUACAUAAAAGAGCAAAAAACAUAAUAAAUUUAUAUGUGCGAAUCUGUGUACAGUUUAUGUAUUAUCCUGCAUUACAUGGUUAAUUCAGGUUACAAGUGGUUUUAUACAUGCUCCAGUGAUGUCAACCAUUAGAUAACAGCUGGCAUCUAGAAUAUUAGAAUAUAUAUAAUGGAGUCAGUG